UCUGCAGUUCCAGCAUUGGAGAAUGGAUUCGAGUAGGUGUCCUUUGGACCUCAUUCUUGUGCCCUUGAGCAUCUGCCUCACGGUAGGCUACCAUGCCUACCUCUGGCACGCCUCCAAUGCCAAAAACCCAGUCACAAACGUUGGAGUUAGCAUGAAAAUAAGAAAAAUAUGGGCUCAAACCAUCGUCGACGACAACAAGAGGAAGGGUAUGCUCGGCGUCCAAAGCUUUCGGAAUCCCCUCAUGGCGACGAUACUAUCCGCGUCGAUAGCCAUUCUAAUCAACACCUCCAUGGCAGCUCUAUCUAACAAUGCAUAUAAAUCGAGUCAUCUUCUUCGGCAUGCAAUCUCUGGUUCCCAAACGGGGCCAACCAUAGCUCUCAAGUUUGCUUCAGCUUCACUUCUCUUGUUGUUUAGCUUCCUGUGUAGCUCCAUGGCAGUGUGGUGCCUUAUUGAGGCUAAUUUCCUCAUCAAUUCUUCAGAGUUAUUCAAGGGGCAGGCACACAGGAUGCUGAAGAGGGGGUGGGUUUUAGGCCUCGUGGGGAAUCGUGCGCUCUAUGUCACGCUUUCCAUUUUGUUGUGGUUGUUUGGCCCUGUGCCGCUGGCUUUGUCCUCGGUAGCUUUGGUUUGGGUGUUUUAUAACCUUGAUUUCAUCAAUGGUACUAGGUCUAAAGAAGUCCUCUUUUAAGCCCAUGGAAUGGGUAGAGAUGCAAUAUGAGGAUAUUGGAAUAAUAUUAUGCUCUCAAAGUUUCAUAUAUAAUUUUUAAU